UCAUCAUAUACAAUUAUACAUCUUCACUUCUCUCCCCGCUCAUUCUAGCACAUUAAUUCUUUCCCUCAACAGAUUAAGCUUAUAAUCAUUUCUUGAGCUUUUCUUUCCACCCUCCUUUUAACAAUUUCACUUGAAAUAGCUCAUUCCAUAGCAAUUCAUGAUGGACUCGCACAAGCAACUAUUUUUCCUCUCAUUUCUUCCCCUACUACUUCUACUUCUCUCAGGGCAUAUGGGGCUGCAAUUAACUGAGGCUCACUUGCAACGCCAUGAGAUGAAUUAUCCCCCGAAAAUGUUGUUGGUUUUUGGGGACUCGUAUGUUGAUACCGGGAACACGAGAAUAGAUCAAGCUGGAUCGUGGAAAAACCCUUAUGGUGUAACUUUUCCCGGAAAACCAGCCGGUAGAUUCUCCGAUGGUAGAGUUCUAACCGACUUCAUUGCUAAGUAUUUGGGAAUCAAAUCGCCAGUUCCGUACAAAUUCAGGAAACUGAUGCUGAAACAAUUGAAAUCUGGGAUGAAUUUUGCAUAUGGUGGCACUGGUGUGUUUGACACGUCCUCCAAAAACCCAAACAUGACAAUCCAAAUCGAUUUUUUGAAGCAAUUGAUAAAAGAACAUGUGUACACGACCUCAGAUCUGAACAACUCAGUGGCCUAUGUUUCCGUAGCUGGAAAUGAUUACAAUUUCUACUUGGCCACAAAUGGAUCUAUUGAGGGUUUCCCGUCUUUCAUCGCCUCAGUGGUUAACCAAACUGCCACUAACUUGCUUCACAUCCAAAGGUUGGGAGUGAGAAAAAUUGUUGUGGGUGGUCUACAACCCCUUGGAUGUCUUCCUUCCUCCACAGCCUUAUCUUCAUUCCAACAAUGUAAUAGCACAUUCAACGACCUCAUAGGUCUCCACAACAAACUAUUGAACCAAGCCGUGACCAAGUUGAACCAAAAAAGCAAGGAUAACUCCACCUUCAUAGUUCUUGACCUUUUCGACACUUUCAUGUCAGUGUUAAACCACCCAUCUACCAAUAACAUUAAGGACCCUCUCAAGCCUUGCUGCGUAGGGUUAAGUAGCCAAGAUUUUUGUGGGAGCGUGGACGAGAGAAAUGUUAAGCAAUAUAAGGUUUGUGACAGUCCCAAAUCAGCUUUCUUUUGGGAUCUCUUGCACCCAACUCAAGCAGGUUGGCAUGCUGUGUAUAAUAAGUUGCAAACGACGACGAGUGCUCUUCGUCGACUUCGAUACUAAAGAGUAGAGAGUUAUGCAUCAUAGCUAUUUCUAGGCCUUUUGUUUGUUGUAUUUUAAUAAUGCACCCUCUUUUCGUUUGUUGAUUUAUCCUCAAAUUCUGAUUUGUUUGUAUUUAUCCCAAAUGGUUUCUCUUUUAUGGGUGCAAUGUUUAAACAGAUAGUUCUUUUUGUGAGAGAAAUAAAUCUGUAAGUUAGUGAAUCUGUUUUGAAA